AUGUCCCGGACAACCAUCAAACUAAAAAACCCGCGGACGCCUCUCAAGGCUACCAAGCGCCGGGUUUCCGUCUCCUCCACCUCUUCCUCCUCCCUCGACCUCUCCGACGAUGAAGGCUACUCGGCCGUCGAGGACCUCAGCGAGAGCGAAGAUGACGAGCACAAUGUCAUGGCGGCCGAGGAGGAGCACCUCUUGACGCGAGCUUCCCGCAAGCGUCCAUUGGACAACACCCCUCGGCCCCAAGUGAUUGCUCAGGAGGAAGACCACGAUGCCGACGAGGAAGACGAAGAGGAGGACGAGGAAGAUGAACAGAACGAAGACGGUGACGACGAAGAUGAGGACGAUGACGAGCCUGAGGACGACGACGACAAUGCUGCUGACGAGAAUGAAAGCUGGGGCGGUCUGUCGGAGCACGAGGAGAGCACAUUCAUCGAGCAAGUCCCCGAACCCUCCGUCGAGACCGAGGUCAGCGUCAAACGUCACGUUCGCUUUGCCGGUAUUCCUGACGACGACAGUGACUCGGACUCGACAACCACCGAGACCGAAUCCAAUGCCGACUUGUUCCCUGAUAUCUUUGUUGACCGCAACGAGCUAGACCCCGCCUUCCGCAUCGAGAUCGAGCGUGGCAAUGAGUCAUCCUCGGCCGAAUCUUUCUGGGAUUAUGACAGCAAUCCGCAAGAGUUCUUUAUGGAUUCGGAGGAUGAGGUCCAGAUGCCGCAAUCCAUGCUGGGUGCCCCUCUCUUGCCUAACCUGACGGUACCCAUUCCGACAAUAACGCCAGAACUGUCCGACUCGGCUCUCUCCAAAGCGCAAGAGGCGGAGCUUGACGGAUACGAGACGGACGGCGAAACAACAGAAGAAGAGGACCCAGAGCCCAUUAUCCGGAAGAAGCAGGCAGCACGUGUCGAGUCGGCGCCUGUGUCUUCAGAGUCCGAGGCUGAGAGGCCAUCCCGGUCCCAACGGGGCAAACCUCGCGUGGGCCGUUUCCACCUGGACGGAUCCGAGAACAAGCCGAUCGCUGUCUUCAACCCCAAUUCUCGCAAGAUCAUGAUCUUCAAGAGGGACCACCAGGCCGCAGACUUGGCAGCUGAGGAGGCUAUUAACGAUGUCCCAUCAGCUACUCUCGACUACUUCGCUCCCCUGCUUACCAACCCCGGUUACCUCAUGAUGGGCGCCAUGGUCUCUUCCAACACGUUUGGCGACUUUAUGAACACACAACCGUGGGGUCCGGCCGAGGCCUUCUUCCCCAUGGGCGAGGACUUUUACGCGGGAGACGAUAGUGACGACUCCGAGCUGGGCAUCCCGGAAGUGGACGAGGAGGAGGCGAAGCUCGACAUUGAUGAUUUCCUGAGAUUCGAUAACACUGAUUCGGAAGACGAUGAAGAGCUGGACUUGGACCCGGAGAGCGCCGCCAACUCGCCGACCAAGAAGGACGGCGAAAAACAGGCCAUGCACCCCUUACUCAACCAUCUGACCAACAACGCGGACGCUGUCGGAGCUUUCCGGCGCAACCAAAUCAACCAGCAGCUGAUUCUCAGCGACCGAGCCACCCAGGAAUCGCUUUCGUUCUCGGGACCUUACUACCACGGCACACUGAGAGGUAUCAAGACCGGCAGUCUGGAGACGGUCACAACACCCAUCACCCCCGCCCGCAGGAGGAAAAACAGUUCCAUGGUAGGACCUCACCAUCUUUUUUUACCCCCUUCCUUUCCUCUUACUUCCCCUUACUUUGACUUUACCCCAAGCCCAUGGCGUGACUUCAACCUGGAUCCCCCGCUCAACCAAAUCAUUGCACAGAAAAGGAAGGCUCCCACUACCGGUCCCGGCGGUUCCCUGAUUGACGACCCGACAACGAUGCAUGUGCAUAAGCGACACCGGAGUAAUCUCAGCACUGUCUCGGAGCUUUCGGUGGAUUCAUUGCCGAUGGUGUAAGGAUUGGACGGAUAUGGAUUACGGGUACGGGU